GCGGCUAUUGACCGGAGGCCCGUGUACAACAUCGCCCACAUGGUGAACUCCGUAGCCAAGCUGGACGAGGCCAUGGCCGACGGCGCGAACUCGGUGGAAGCGGACGUGAGCUUCGCUGAUAACGGCACGGCCACCAGGCUCUUCCACGGCGUGCCGUGCGACUGCUUCAGGGCGUGCGAUAUCGAGGAGGAUGUGCCCCGCUUCCUGCAGUACGUCCGCAAGACCACGAGCAGCCGUGGCGCCAAAUACAGCGAUAAACUAGCCCUCCUGUUCUUGGAUCUCAAAGUGAGCAACAUCGAAGAGAAGCAAAAAUACCGGGCAGGUGUCGACAUCGGGCGAAAGCUCCUGCGAGACCUCUGGAAAAGAGUACCUACAUGGCAAGCCAUGAAUGUCCUACUGUCAGUUCCGAGUGUCUCCGACAAAGAGGUGCUGCGUGGGGCAGUCGACACAGUCUCUCGCUUAUCACCCAUAAUGCUGGACAAGAUAGGAUUCGACAUCAGCAACAACGACAAGUUGGACAAUAUACGAAGCCUGUACGUGGACCUCGGAAUACAAGGUCAUCGUUGGCAAGGAGAUGGCAUCUCGAACUGCUUAUCCUACCUGCGACCACCCGCCAGGAUACGAGACAUCAUCGACGACCGCGACACCGAAGAAGUUGGCCGCUACAUCGAGAAGGCCUACCAGUGGACGGUGGACUUGCCAAAGCAAAUGCGCCGUUCGCUCAGGAGGGGUGUGGAUGGCAUAAUCACGAAUAAGCCUCAGCGCUUGGCGAGUAUAAUGGAGGAGGGUGAAUUCAACGCCACUUUGCGACCCGCCAACGUCGCCGACAGUCCCUGGACUCGCUUCGGCGGACUGUCUCUGUUUCCAAGGCUUCUCUCGGAUGACAUGGACAUUCUAGGAGAUGACGACUUCCCCAGGUUUCGUUGACGGCCAGAGCGGAAUCAACGUAACCUAUUGAGAUUGCGAAUAACUCAUGACUACGCUACACGUGCUGCCGAUUUGCGAGAGUCCAACAUUUUAAGUACAACACACCUGAACCAUAGAAAGCUUGCUGCGGCGUAGCCAGUUAUUUUUGGAGAGGAUUGGGGAGGUUACCAUACUUUAUGAACGUCCGUGCAUGCAUUUUCAUGCAUGUGUGUAUGGUAUAUACACAUGCACAACUAAAGAAAAAUUCUGAGAGGUUUGAACCCUUCUCUCCCCCCCCCCUUGUUACGUCAGUGACUGUGCUUAAUAGUCUUGAUGGGAGCACAUGAUUGGUGUCUCACUCCUUACCAAUAAUUGAUAGUUUGACUGAAGGCACGGGUUGCUGCUUAUAGCUGAGUACUCUGUGCCUGAUUGGCAUUUAAGUAAUGAAUCGAAAUUAAUGACCCUUAAUACUGGAUUGUGUUUAUUUUAAAUGUGAGGCUCGUAGACUGAGAUAACUCAUAGUUCUGUUCCCUUCCAACGUUACACAUGUGACAGAAAACUGGUAUGAAGCAACGGAAAAUAAAGCUUUUCCCAUACAUUCAA